GCCGCCGCCGCCGCUGCCGCCGCUGCCGCCGCCGCCGGUGCCUCUGCUGCUGCUGCAGCCGGAGCAUCCGGGAGCCGCCGCCGCCGCCGCUGCCGCUGCUGCCACUAGCGCUGCUUCCACUGCUGCCACCUCCCCUCCCAGGACCCCGAGACACCCCGAGCGCGAGCGGCGGCAGCUGCUUGCUUGCUCCCCCUCUGCCCCUGCCCCUCCCUUCCGUGACCUACCCACUCCUUGCAGCCCUCGCCCGCACCUUCUCCAACACCCCGGCAUCCCUGCACCACCUGCUCGGGCAGCCCGGCGGGCUCUGGGACUUGCUGUGCGCGCCGAGAAGAAAGCAAGCUCCGAACCCGUGCCUGGCUGACGGGCUGUCGCGGCUGCACCACCAGCAGGAGGAGAAGAAACUAUUUCGCCCACCGAAACCCCAUUCUGCGGGUGCUUCGCAGCUGCCGCUUCUGCUGCCUGCAGUCCAGGUCCGAGGGUUCGAACACCGCAGCGGCGGGGACCGUGGGUCUAGCAGGCGCCGGGAGGACACCGGCGGAGCCCUGCACUCUGGUGUCCCGCUCACCAGCAUCACCUAGCCCCCUCGUUCCUUCCCCAACCCUUUAGAGAAGGGACCAUGAUUUGGAAACGCAGCGCCGUUCUCCGCUUCUACAGUGUCUGCGGGCUCCUGCUACAAGCGGCUGCUUCAAAGAAUAAAAUGAAAGGCAGCCAAGGGCAGUUUCCACUAACACAGAAUGUAACGGUUGUUGAAGGUGGAACUGCGAUUUUGACCUGCAGGGUUGAUCAAAAUGAUAACACCUCCCUCCAGUGGUCAAAUCCAGCUCAACAGACUCUGUACUUUGAUGACAAGAAAGCUUUAAGGGAUAACAGGAUUGAGCUGGUUCGAGCUUCCUGGCAUGAAUUAAGUAUCAGCGUCAGUGAUGUGUCUCUCUCGGAUGAAGGACAGUACACUUGUUCUUUAUUUACAAUGCCUGUCAAAACUUCUAAGGCCUAUCUCACUGUUCUGGGUGUUCCUGAGAAGCCUCAAAUUAGUGGAUUUUCAUCACCGGUUAUGGAGGGAGAUUUGAUGCAGCUGACUUGUAAAACAUCUGGUAGCAAACCUGCAGCUGAUAUAAGAUGGUUCAAAAAUGACAAAGAGAUUAAAGAUGUAAAAUAUUUAAAAGAAGAGGAUGCUAAUCGCAAGACAUUCACCGUCAGCAGCACACUGGAUUUCCGAGUGGACCGGAGCGACGAUGGUGUGGCUGUAAUCUGCAGAGUAGACCACGAAUCCCUCAAUGCCACCCCUCAGGUGGCCAUGCAGGUGCUAGAAAUACACUAUACACCAUCAGUUAAGAUUAUACCAUCCACUCCUUUUCCACAAGAAGGACAGCCAUUAAUUUUGACUUGUGAAUCCAAAGGAAAACCACUGCCAGAACCUGUUUUGUGGACAAAGGAUGGUGGAGAAUUGCCAGAUCCUGACCGAAUGGUUGUGAGUGGUAGGGAACUAAACAUUCUUUUCCUGAACAAAACGGAUAAUGGUACAUAUCGAUGUGAAGCCACAAACACCAUUGGCCAAAGCAGCGCAGAGUAUGUUCUCAUUGUACACGAUGUUCCCAACACUUUGCUUCCCACCACUAUCAUCCCCUCCCUUACCACUGCAACAGUCACAACCACUGUAGCCAUAACAACCAGCCCAACCACAUCUGCAACAACCAGCAGCGUAAGAGAUCCCAAUGCUCUGGCUGGCCAGACUGGCCCUGAUCAUGCUCUUAUAGGAGGAAUAGUGGCUGUAGUUGUAUUUGUUACGCUGUGUUCUAUAUUUCUGCUUGGUCGAUAUCUGGCAAGACAUAAAGGAACAUAUUUAACAAAUGAAGCUAAAGGAGCCGAAGAUGCACCAGAUGCUGACACAGCCAUUAUCAAUGCUGAAGGCAGCCAAGUCAAUGCUGAAGAGAAAAAAGAGUAUUUCAUUUAAAAUGCAGGCCAAGAUUAUGAGUUUUCCUUACCAGGCUGGCUGCUGGAGAAAACUGGCUAUCAUCUUUCAGAAUUCAUUUCUACCAUCUACUGCUACCUUUAUUAACUUCCAUACCGUACUGCUAUCAGUGGCCAGUGUAUACCAACAAUCAGCUGUCGAAAGCAUCAUUCUUUAAUUACUGUACCAUCCAUAAUGCAGGACAUUUCUUACUGCCUAAAUUCCACACCAUUGCUCUUUUAACAUACAGUGCUUGAAUAUACAGCCUUAACAAUGUUAAUCAUCUCCUUGGAUCAUGGUAUUGAGUUGUUUUUAUACAUUGAAAAAAAGUAUGCAAAGUGUUUUUUUUUUUUUCCCCUCAUCUUUUCCCCCAUUAAAUCAUAAAUUUUGUCAGUUUGCCACUGGACAGCUUUCACGAGUAGUAGGAUUAGGUAAAGACCUAACGUGUUUAAGUUUAAUCAGAGAUUAGAGGUUUACGGUGUUUUCCACAUGUCCACCUUCAAAGACAUGUUUGGAAACAUAUGCCCUAGAAAACACACUGUAGAAUAGAUUCUGGAAUGUUUGAGAUUAUACUAGUAAAGCUGUAUCAAUUUGCUAUUUAAAAAUAUAGUAUUUGAUACAGGAGCCAUGUGUAUGAAUUGCAAUCAUGCCAUGACAUCUUAUAUAUAAUUAUAUAGAUUCCACCAUUAGGUUAUUUUAGCUUCAUUUACCAGUAAGUUUUUACAAACAUGUUACUGCUUUGGGAAUCACAAAGAUUUCAUUCAUUUCUCUAAUUUGAUUCUGUAAUUUAUUUGCUCCAUAAGAACUCACCUGCCUAAACAAAACUGAAGUAUCCAUAGGGCACAAUUUUGAAACAUUUAGUAUCUGUAUAUAGUGCAUAUAAUAAAUCCAAUUAAACAUUAUUUGAUACAUAUUUAACUUUUUUGGCUGUAGGUAAUUCAGUCAUAAGUAAGCAUUUUCUAAUGUCCAUUAUAUCCCUUUAGAUAUUACUUAAACCAAUAUUAUAAGUAGAUAACAUGUAUUAGUAUUUUUGUCUGUAUGUCCUAGCACUGUUCAACAACAAAUUUUUCUAGUUCUUGUUAAUUUUUAUUUGUUAUACAAUGGAAGCACAAUGUUAUAAGGAAAGGUAAUUUUAAGCUAACAACCAGUGCACAGCCUCAGGUUUUCAAUUACAACCACAGUUGAAUAAUAACCUAAAAGUAAACUCUUAGUUUGCUAAAAAUUAAAAAAAAAUAAUAAUUUGGCAGUUCCAGAGCUGCUUACCUAUGUUGGUUUGCCAAAAAGAAGUGUUUAAGAUAUGUUUUCUGUAUAAAUGAACUAAUUCUUUAUUAAAUUCCUGUCUAUGCAUUUUGUGAGGUACAAACUUAUGAAACAGUGAGUGAUGGAGAAUUUCUGCCAUGCUUUUAACUCCAAGGUGAAAGUCUCUUUCUCUGGAUUAUUUCUGAAAUUUUGGUGUAUUUAACCAUUAAGAAAUGCUGUAUUCUUACAUAUGAUACAGAGUCAAUCUAAAGUCAUAUUAUUUCUUCUAGUACAAUACAAUAUUGUUAGAUUAGUUCUCAUUAAAUUUAUUAUAUGCUAAAAAUUAAAAAUCCAGUUAGAUAAAAAAUUAUUUUCCCAUUCAGAAGCAUUGCACCUUUAAGAAGAAAACAAAUAGGACAAUACGGUAGCUAUACUUGUGAUGUCUGAAAGCAUGAUGGCCUAUGGUUUUAAAAAUAAUAUCUUGGAAUUUAUUUUUGGGAAAUGAGAAUGGUUGAGUAUGACAUCAUGUAUUAAUAUCAAAUGGAAGACAAGGGUGCUGUAUCUUAUUUAUCAGAAAAGUAUAAACUUUUAAAGACAACGUUAGAAUUUUUAAAUUGUUUUUUUUUAUUGUUGAAGCAUUUAUCUUGUUGAUUUCUUACAAAACAAAAAGGACGAUGUCAGUCAAGCAGCACUUUUUCAGAAUAUACAGAACAUAAAUAAUAUGAUGUGGUUGAGUGUUAACAUAAUAAAUCAUAUACAGUAUGACAUUUUAAGGAAAUAAGUCUGCAUUGAUGUGAUUGCAUGCUUGUUUUUACAGUUCACUCCAUACCAUCUGUGGAAAAAUGCAAUAAUAUGUUAAUAUAGUAUGGUAGUUUGAGAGAAUCAGGUAGGUGCUACUAGACACAUUGAAACUAGAAUAGGUUUAUAAACUGUUCAUAUCUUUCAAUGCAUAAUCUUUAGAAAGACUCCACAAAACAAAAUUCAUCCUGUUAGUACAAAAUGGAAAGGUUCUUAUUACAGAAGUAAGUUGUAUAAACUGCAUCAUCAAUGACUAUUUAAAGCUUAAUUUCAGGAUGCACUUACAAAAUUGCUACUCAUUGAUGCUGUAUUUACAUCCCUCUUCAUUUUGUCUAUAUUCUACUUGGCUCCAACUGCUAAAUUGUUGCCUAAAUAACUCAAUCAUUAUUUAUAGCACUGUAAAAUUAGAAAUCAAAAAUUGGUUGUAUUUCAAAAUUUUUGACUCUUUUAACCCAUUAGAGUAAUAUAAAAAACUCAUUAGAACUCUUUAAAACAAACUAAUAUAUUAUGAUUUGUGGGCUCUAAUAAAAUGUUUUGCCAGUUAAGAUAGUUCGAUUUGAAUUAGGCAUCAUUUUUAGUUACUGAAAAAUAUAGCAAUAGAAUCAUAUUUUCCUAUCUGUAAAAUGUAUUUUAUUUCCACUAAACAAGGACAUAAAUUGUAAAAAUUCUGCCCAUUUCUGCCAAAAUCAGGAAAAAAAAAAAACCAAAAUAACAUUUCAAAUUAGAACCAUGUCAAUUGCAAUGUCUGAAAUGUGCACAUGCGUAUGCACAGAGAGCCAAAUUCUGUCUCUGCUUAUUGAGCACAGAAGCUACGGAACUCAACUGAAGGAGUGUGAACACACACACACCCCUAGUAGAAUAUGGAGUAUUAUUCUUUACCAAAAGUAGCUAUUCUCUGCCAGUGUACUGUUUACAGUGUAAAUUGAUCGUUCUCCAUCAAAGAAGUGUAAACAGCAUUCUUUUUUUCUUCCAUUCUUGAGUGUCCUAGAUAGAAUGAUUAUUAAAAUUAGGAAGAAAAAGGAACGUUUGUGAGUACAAGAGCAAAGAUAGAGCACAUGCGCAGAGUAUUGAUAUGUGUAUGUUUAUGUGUGAGUGUGUGUGUGUGUGUGUGUGUGUGUGUGUGCGUGUAAGAGAGAAAGAGAAAGAAAGAUAGAGAGAGAGAAAUUUCAACUUGUUUUCUUUUACCAGAGAAUCCAAGAAGCAGUUUAAGGAACCUGAUUUUGGAGUUUAAUCUAGAAACUGGAUGAUCUCAUAUUGAUUCAAGAUGAUUAAUAUUGCAUUGAAAUCCCACAAUUAAAAUAGAGAAAGAAAACUAACUUUCCUAAAUAUGGCAAAGAAGCUAACACCUCAUUUAUUUUCAUUUCUUUGUAAAAAUAUAUAUAUCUCAAAUUAAAAGGACAGGCUCACUUGUAAUUAUGUACUCAUGAUUGUAACAGCAUUGAGAUUCCAUAUAGGCACAUGUACAGCAGCUGUUUGACGGUGAUGGUUCUUCCAUGUGACAUACCAGUUAUCGUGUAAUUUAGUGCCACUUAUUGCAAAGUGUUACCAAGGGGAACAUUGAAAAUACUUUUUCUUUUCCUUUGGACAUAAGGAUAAUUUGAUGAAUGAUAAAUAUGAACGUCAUGUUACAUGUUUUAAUUGUGGAGAAAAUGCAAAACCUCGUAUCUUACUGCAACUUCCCUUUCAUAUUGCUAAUUACGUAGAGCCCACUAAAAGUGCCCAAUAUUAUCCCCCUUUGCGAAUGGUAAUCUGUGAUGAACAUACGAAAUAAACAAACAAAAAGAGCUGGCAACCACAGCUGAAAUAAGUGAAACAUCUAAUGAGAAUUACUGCGUAAUGCUUUUUAUUAAGUGGCACAAAGUACACACUAAAAACUAUGCAAAAUAUAGGUAACUACAGUGUACGUACAUGUAAGUAUCUUGUACUUGCUGUGUAUGGAUGUUGGAAACCCAUGUAAUUAUAAUAUGCAUUUUGAAUAUUGGGAAAGAGGAAAUCUUAGUGUAGAUAAUAGAAUUUGUUUUGAAAUAUACACUGGCAAUAUUGAAAUAUACUCAGUGCAAUAUCUGAAAUUCUAUUGCUGGAUACUUCAUGCAAAGGGAUUUUAAAGAAUUCUUUAACACCAUCCAAGAGGUUGCUAAUCUUCACCUCCCACGCACUAAAGCAUUAAUUAAAAAUGCAGUUGAUUCAACAAAACUUUAAGUUUUUCUUAAUCAUUAAUGUGACACAAUAAAAUUAUUUGACCUACUUUUUAGCACAACUGGAGAGAAAGAAAUAACCUGAGUUUCAAACUUUGCUUGAAAUCUAAUUGAAUUUUGAAUUCUUAAACUUUCUUUGAAAUAUGUGUAUAUUUUAAUAGGUUAUGGUACUUUUAUUAUAAGUACAGAUUUAUUCAGUCAAAGAACACAGGUUACCCUUAGUCAGUUGUUAGAGUCACUAUAUCUUAAUGGGAAAUUUUUUAGACCUUUGUUCUAUUUAUUUUAUUUUUUCCCCCUUUCUCUCCCUAUUGUGUCCCAGACAUACCCUUUGCACUUAUACCCUUCCAAAGGCAACGGAUUGAAAGUAGCAAGAUUAUAAAGAGAGCUAAAGGGGACAACGUGUAAGAAUGGGUUCUAAACUCAUCAGCAUUUUUAUGUAUUGAGAUUAUUAAUAUUGAAUGCAAUAGUUAUUGGAUAUAGCUGGUAAGUUCUCUGCCAUGCAUACUUACAAUAAUCCUUCUACCUCUCACUUUUAACAUGGGCUAUGAUAUAGAAGAAAUAAUGAUUUACAGGAUAUCCCAGGAAGCACUCUUUGGGACUAUCAUAACAGUCCGCUCCCUAGCCCCUGGGAAAUCUCAAAAGCCAAUUUCUUUUAGUGUAUUCAGUGGUGUAUGGAUCUGCAUUGGUUUUCCUUUUCUAUCAUUAACUUUUCCUAUAGGCAAAAUAUGCUAAUUUUAUAAGGAUAUUUCUUCUCAUGCCUACUGAUAUUUCAAUGUAAUAUAAUUGUGUUGAUUUUUAAAUAAUAAUUUAAAUGGCAACACUUUGGAAUCCAAUCUGACAUUUCAUUUAAUAUUUAAAAUGCAACAAUUUCUCAUAAAUUAAUGCUGUGCUUUUAAGUAAAAAUUAUGUAAAUGAUUUAUUUUCCCAAGAAGUGUUAUCUAUCUAAGACAAAAAUUUAAGUAUUUAAAAUUGCCUCCUUAUUAACAAAUAAUACCUGAACAAUGAAUGCAAAGUCUUGCCACAAAUGCCCACUUUAUUGUGUCUGCUUAGACAUAAUAUGAAUUUUUCAAAUGAUGUAAUUUAAUUAUUUGAAAAGGAAAUUACAUUUUAAAAGCAGAUUUUUCUUUAGAAAAAAAAGACACAAGAAAAUAUUUCAAAUUAUGAUGUUGAAUCUAUAAAAUAUGCUUCAAGUAAGAUGUUUCUAUGUUAUGUGGUUAUGUUACAAAUAAUAUUUGGUCGAAUCUUUACCAUCUUUUCCAUAUAUAUAUAUGAUUUAUAUAUAUAUAUAUAUGUUAGUUACAAGAAAUGUAUGGUUAUUUUGGAGAGAAUGGGCCCACAUGUGAAAAAUAUGUAAAGAGAAAACACUAUUUUCCCCUAUAACACAUACUGUAUAUUUCAAAAGAAAAAAAAAAGUUAAAAGAUAUUUGAAGAUUGCAGGGGCAAAAAAAAAGAAAAAAAAAAAAAGGCCUCCCAGGGCUCAGCACUUAAGCACUUUUCCCACAUCCAGGGUCAGAACAGCAGUGAUUUCCCACACGGACUUUUAAGUGCGGUAUGAAUGCGACAUUACACUUCUAUUAUACACAGUACUGUUAAACCUCAAAUGUUUUCUUUCUUCAGAUGCUUUUCCUUGUACAUGCUCCUAGUAGACACUUUUCUCUUUAUAUUUGCUGAUAGUGAAAGUUAUAUGCAAUAAAAUAUUUGAUGGUUGAAAGCAGUGGUCACCACUUGGUUAAAAAACAAACAAACUGAACAAACUAUGAAAUGUAAACUGAAUUGUUAUCUCUUUAUCUUUUUUGCGUUUCUCUGUGUUUCUAAUGUAUUGAAUGAUUCUCAUAAAUAGAAAAAUAAUUUAGAGACUUUUCAAAACUAGUACUUUCUCCUUAUAAAUGUAUAAAAUUUUAAUCUCUUUACAAAUUUAUUUAACUGUACCUGCUGUACUUAUUGUAGAUUCAAUGAUGCAGUUAAGUAGUAACCCAAGAGUUUGGGAUUACUGACCUAUUUUCUUCAUAUUCAGUUCACAUCAGUAUUUGUGAAUUGGUUGUUUAGCUUUUCAUUCAACCAAAAAAAUAUUCCCUCAAGAAAGCUCCAUUUUUAUCAUAAAUAUUUCAACCUAAUCAACAUUGGAACAAGUCUGCCAUGUUAAAAAAAAUUUAAAGACUUAUCUCUGAAAAUGGUACCCAGAAAUGCAGGUGUUCCCAGUAAUGUAGCUUCAAAAAUAAAAUGUUCUAUUUAUAUGACAUGAAAUUCAUAACUUUUGGAAGGGUAUAUUUAUGACAACAUAAAAAUAAAUUCUGUGCUGUAAAGAAGAUUCGCCAAAAUAAACAUAUUGCACAGAAGAUAGAAAAACACAAUUAUUGAAUCUACUGUUAUCAUAAACAUCAUCAAAAAACAAAAUGCAUAUUGUAAUAUUAGGUACAUGACACUUGCAUGUUGAUAUGCCUAUAUACUUACAAAGUAUUCAAUGUGUACUUAGUGGCGCUUAAAAUAUGUCAUGUACAACUCUUAUAAACAUUCUUACAGGGUUCCCAUUUGCACUUCAUCUUUCAGUAAAGUCUUGUCAGAAAAAAGAAAUGUCUGAUACAUAUGGAAAAAUAAAAUUUGAAUUUUAGUUAUCUGUUGGACACUACUGAAUUGUCUAUUCAUUUAGUUCAUUUUCUUAGGUCUGAAAGCAGACAUUGAAAGAUGGAACUUUCUUUUUUCCCACUGACAGGUUAUAAAAGAUGUUACAAACCAAACAUUAUUUUACAUAUCUUUUUCAACUGACCACAUUAUCCAUUCAUUUUAGAUUUUCUAGUGAUGCCUAUUUUCCUUGUAAACUUCUAAGUGGAAUUUUUAAAAAUUAAGCAGUAGUAGAAUAAAUGUUAUUUGUACAACAUUUAAUCGUUACUCCUUGGAGAAUAUGAACCUUGUAAUAUGGUCACUAAGGGUAAAAAAAAAAAAAAAAAUGUUGCUGACUUAGGGAAAUCUGUUUGAGAUUGCCAAAAUUUUAAUAAUCUGUAAAGGUAAUAUUACAUUCACUUAUGUGUGUUUACUAAUGUUGACUAGGAACAGAAGCAAAAAUACCUAAACCUAUUUUUUUUUAAUUUUCACACUCUAACCAGUAUUAUAUAUUUCAACUACCUAAGAUAAUACAAUUAAUAAUAUAUCCAUCCUAAGCUUAUGCCAAUAAGAAUUUGAGAUAAGCUUUUAAAUUUAUGGGAGAUUUUCUUUGUGUCUUUGGAAGUUCACUUACCAUAAGGUAUUUUAUAGUCUACUUUAAAUAACAGAUUUUGUUAUACAGGGUAAGCCAAAGGCUGUACAAGAAUUAGUGUCAUUGGGUCUGAUAUUUGUGUUAGACCAUGAAAUAUUCCAUUAAAAUUUAUCUGUAAAUACAAGGCAA